AUGGUACGCACAUCUGUUCUUGCUGAUGCACUCAAGGCUAUCACAAACGCUGAACGCCGUGGUAUGCGUCAGGUUCUCAUUCGCCCAUCAUCAAAGGUCAUCAUCGCCUUCCUUAAGGUUAUGGCCCAUCGUAACUACAUCGGUGACUUCGAGGUUAUCGAUGACCACCGCUCUGGCAAGAUUGUUAUUAACCUUCUUGGCCGUCUUAACAAAUGCGUUGCUAUCUGCCCACGUUUCGAUGUCGGACUCGGUGAGCUCGAAAUGUGGCAGGCCAAGCUCCUCCCAUCCCGCCAAUUCGGCUUCGUUGUUCUCUCCACAGACAAGGGCAUCAUGGAUCAUGAAGAGGCUCGUAAGAAGAACGCUGGUGGCAAGAUUCUUGGUAUGUUCUUCUAA